AUGUCUCUCUCUUUGCACACUACAAUUCUACUAAUUCUCAUCCAAGCUCAUUUGGGCAUGUCUUUCACAGUAAUCAUCCCGGAUUCAGCCCAACUUGAAGGUCCUCAACCCGGUUCAUCCAUGGCCAAAAAUGGAGCAAAAACCGACCCGCAGGAGCAAGAAGCAGUCUAUGAUAUUAUGCGAGCCACUGGAAAUAGCUGGGCCACUGAUAUCCCAGACGUCUGCCGCGGCCGGUGGCAUGGCAUUGAAUGCAUGCCGGACAGAGACAAUGUCUACCAUGUUAUUUCUCUCUCAUUCGGAGCCUUGUCGGAUGAUACUGCAUUUCCGACUUGUGACCCGACCCGGUCAUCCAUUUCACCUUCCAUUACCAAACUUCCACACCUUCGUACCCUGUUUUUCUACCGCUGUUUCAGUUACAACCCACAACCCAUUCCGUCUUUUCUGGGUCGGUUAGGAUCCGAUUUGCAGACCUUGGUUCUGAGGGAAAAUGGGCAUAUAGGACCCAUCCCAUACGAACUCGGAAACUUGACCCGUUUAAAGGUACUGGAUCUUCAUAAAAACAAUUUGAACGGGUCGAUUCCGGUUUCAUUGGGCCGGAUUUCCGGUCUAAAAUCGUUAGUUUUGAGUGGUAAUCAACUAUCCGGUUCAAUUCCCAAUCUCACCUUUCCUGCAUUAAGCGUGUUGGACCUCAACCAAAAUCAUCUGUCAGGUUCAAUGCCGAACACCCUUUUAAGCUGCAAUUCUCUCUUAAAAAUAGAUUUAAGCCAUAAUCGUCUCUCCGGUCCUUUGCCCGAUAUCAACGGCCUCAAAGAACUUAUUCUCGUAGAUUUAAGCUACAAUAGCUUUACCGGUCCAUUUUCAAGUUCUUUAAAGAAUUUAAAUUUUCUCCAAGCUUUGAUUCUUAAAGAUAACCCCUCGGUGUCUGCAACAAUCCCAAAUAAUGCAUUCGAAAGCUUGAACAAUCUAAUAAUCUUAGAGUUAUCAAACAUGAAUCUACAAGGUCAAAUUCCAGAGUCAUUAGGUCGAUUACCGAAGUUACGUGUCCUACAUCUUGAUCGAAACCAUUUAAAUGGCUCUAUCCCUUCGAGUUUUUCGAAAUUAAACAGUCUUAGCGAACUAAGGCUGAACAAUAACCGAUUAUUCGGAUCCAUCCCGUUCAGUCGAGAAAUUUUUUGGAGAAUGAGAAGGAAAUUGAGGCUAAACGACAAUUUAGGACUCUGUUAUGAUGCAAAAAGUGGGCUUGGAGAUGAUAUAGAUACACUGUUUGAUGCAGGAAUUGGCCACUGUGACAGCCAAAAAUCUGCCUCUACAGUACCAUUGCAACAUAUUUCUACCGUUGAUGAGGAUAUAAUCGGAUCAAGUACAAAAUCAGCUGCUUCGCUCCGUAAACUUUCAGAUCUCACUCAACUAAUUCAGUUGUCAGCCAUUUUUCUAUUUACUUUCUGUUUAUUUUGA